UUGUUCCAGUGUUACAGAAGAGAAAUACAAAGAAGCCACAAUGUAUCGCGUUCUUCAGCGAACUCUGUGUACCUCUACAGAACCAGCCACCCGCAACAUAAAGUCAAUUUCGCAGGAUCUGUUCAAUGAAGUGAAUUUAAAGAACGUGGUAGAGAAGUUCAAGAAAGCUUCCGACGUGGACCGGUUCAGAAAAAAAUCCGGCAUCUACGAAGUCACGGUUCGGCGCCUAGCCGGCGCCAAGCGGUUCAGGUGGAUCCGAGACAUCAUCGAACACCAAAAGAACUACUCCGACAUCUCCAGAGAGGGUUUCUCCGCACGCCUCAUUUCCCUUUAUGGCAAAGCCGGCAUGUACAGACACGCGCACAAGCUGUUCGACGAAUUGCCUCAACGAAACUGCGAGCGCACAGUUCUCUCUCUCAACGCCCUUUUGGCCGCUUAUGUUCACUCCAUGAAGCACGGCUCCGUAGAACGCCUUUUCAGGGAUCUUCCCAACCAGCUUAAAAUCGAACCCGAUUUGGUGUCUUACAAUACUUUCAUUAAGGCAUUGUGUGAAAUGGGUUCUUUUGAUUCAGCAUUGUCGGUGCUUAAGGAGAUGGAAGAUAAGGGUGUUAACCCUGAUUUGAUCACGUUUAAUACUUUGCUUGAUGGGUUGUACUCGAAGGGUCGUUUUGAGGAUGGUGAGAAACUGUGGGGGCAAAUGGGUGCGAAGAAUGUUGUUCCUAAUGUAAGGAGUUACUGUUCCAGGUUGGUGGGGUUGGCUGAGGAGAAGAAAACGGGUGAAGCUGUUGAGUUUUUUAAGGAAAUGGAGAAGGAGGGGCAUAAGCCUGACGUUAUUUGCAUCAAUGCUAUGAUCAAAGGUUUUGUGAAUGAGGGUAAUUUGGAUGAGGCUAAGAAGUGGUUUGGCGAAAUUGCAAAAUAUGAUUGUGACCCUCAUAAGGCCACUUUCGCUAUUCUCCUUCCUUUCCUUUGUGAGAAGGGUGAUUUGAAGACAGCCAUUGAGAUGUGCAAGGAGAGAUUCAAUAACCGGCGCCUUGUUGCCGCGUCGUUGCUGCAACUUGUGGUGGAUAAGCUGGUGAGUGAGUCCAUGAUUUCAGAGGCAAAGGAGAUUGUGGAACUAGGGAGAACCAAUCGGUACUGUCGCUAUAAGCUUAAUUUACCAGCGGAUGAGUAGAGUUUUACCAAGUGUAGUAGUACUUUAUUAUUGCUCUUGCACUUUAUAUGCUUUUGACUGAAUUGGCAAUUGCCUUAGAAAAUGGAUUUUGUUUGGCAUUGUGAGCUUUGGAACUGGUUGCUUGAAAGUGGCAUGUGCAGUGGGUUCAUUUUGCUGGUUAGAUAUUAGCCAUUAAACUUCCCUCGCUGCAUGAAUAAUUUUCUUACUUU